UCAUUUCUGUGACCAAGGUUGGUGAAUCACCGCUCUUCUUCUGAUUUUAUUUGUCAGGUGGUUCCCACUGGCUCGCUGAUGUUACGAAAGAUUUGUCAGGUGGUUCCCACUGGCUCGCUGAUGUUACGAAAGGUGUCACUGAUAUUCGGAUUUAUAUCCGUCGUUGGUUUUCUAUGGAUAACAUGCAUCAGCCUUUCACUGGUUUCAUAUGAUGUUAGUGAAAUUAACACUGUUGAGAAAGUGUACGGGAAGGACGUACACACAUUUUACAUUGAUAAGAGGGGACAUGACGUCUUAGUCUUCGUACAAAUACCCUACACAGGAGAGAGCGAUUUGUCAACGUUGCUACAGAACGGCCUUAUAUAUGGCAACUGUCCAGAAUGUAUAACACAAAGAGACUGCCCAUGCCAUAUAAUAAGCAGAGAAUCAGUGUUGUUUUCCAGCAUUAAGCAUCCAUGGCCGUGUGGCGAGUACCCAGGUUUGAGGACGCUGGAGGCGUGUAUAGGCUCCUCUCUAAACUUAGGCGUUCGUCGAAGACGUCGAAACAAAAUGAGGUAUCUUUACAUGACACUUCUCCGAUACCCAGCACACCAUUUCUACCAUGAGUGGAACGAAGUAAAGAAGCAUGGAUGGCCAAAGUGGUCUCAGGUUCCUUCGGACAAACUAGACCAUGCGAGCCGAGAAUGCCGUGCAAUGUCCAAGGGGAAAGAUGUCAGUUUCAAAACUUUCGCUGGCUGUCCACAGAACCCCGCCAUCAACAGACAAACACAAAUGUUAGCAAAUAUGUCCUUAGACGAAUGCCUUUCUACCACUAAAAUGUCGGAAGGUCAGUGUUAUGAUAAAAUGUUGAGCAGUGCUAAAGAUACCCUUAAACAUAUGGCAUUCUUUGGAAUAACGGAGUAUUCGUACAUGACUCAAGUGUUGUUUGAAGAGACGUUUCAGUUAAAGGUAAUCGAUAAAUAUGUUCAUCCGCCGAAUAUGCAAACAUUCAUGUCUUCUUACGAUAUUUCACGUGAAGAAUUCGAGGCCAUAUCUACGCUCAACAAAUAUGAUUUCUUGCUGUAUGAUUAUGCACAGGAGUUAUUCUUUGAACGAUAUGACACUCUAGUCACGUACAGGGGUACUGAAGCCUAACAAAGAGGGCAUUUUUUCACCAACUGUUUCUCUUUUUUUGUUUCGGCGUGUAGUCGUAAUAAAUCAUGUAUACAAGAACAAAGAUACUCAUUUAUAUGUCUUCCCUUACCUGACGUUCUGUUCAAAUGCUCUGUUUUGGUUUGUGAAACACAGGAACGUAUGCACACAAUACAACCAUCUGUAGCAAAGGAAACAGCAGAAGUCAUGACGGCAUAUUAGAUACACUUAGUACCCAAGGUAUCCUAAUUUUGGUUGCUGGUGGCCAACGGAUUUUAGUAAUCACAUAAAAAAUAGUUAAAGAUAAUUUGUAGUAUUC